CACCAUCCUUCCUCCCUAAGCAAAGCGACCCAAGACGAAAAUUUCCCGACUCGAACAGCCUAGGGCAUCGGACGCGCCCGGCCGAGAAGCUGCUCGAAUCCCCUCCAAAAUUCCGAGGUGAGAGCCACUGAUCCAUCACAAAACCCAUCAAAUUUCACAAUUCAAAUCGCCAAACCCCCGCCUCCCGCCACCAAUUCGUGCGCACCAAAUUGCUGGAUCAUUUCCUCCGCGAUUCCCCAAUCUCCGAGCCAGGGUCCUAGGGCCGAAAUCUCAGGGAGCUUCCUGUUGGGGAAAUGGGGAAGCCGCUGAUCUACGAGAUAUUGGAGAAGCCGGCGAGCAGCAGCGUCAUCGGCAUCUGCUCCCUGAUCUGGUGGUUCAUCCAGAAGCGGGGCAUCGGGUACGGGGACGUCGGCCUGAGCUACGAGGCCGCCGUGGACGGCGGGCAGUACUGGCGGAUCAUCACCUCCGCCUUCUCGCACAUCAGCGUGGUGCACCUGGUGUUCAACAUGAGCGCGCUGUGGAGCCUCGGCGUCGUCGAGCAGCUGGGGCAGAUCGGGCUCGGCGUCGAGUACUACCUGCACUACACGCUCGUGCUCGUCGUGCUGUCCGGGUUGCUGGUCCUCGGCUUCUACCACAUGAUGAUUCAGAGGUUCAAGGUGGAGUACUUCAGGAGGGUGACUGCUGUUGGGUACUCCUGCGUUGUGUUUGGCUGGAUGACAAUUCUGGCUGCCAAGCAGCCAUCAUCGAAGCUGAACAUCUUCGGGGUUCUGUCGCUGCCGAUCAGCUUUGCGCCAUUCGAGUCGCUGAUAUUCACAUCAAUCAUGGUACCGCAGGCUAGCUUCAUUGGCCACUUGUCGGGGAUCAUUGUCGGGUACUCAAUUGCCUGGGGUCUGAUUCAUGGGAUGAAUAACUACUGGGCAAUCACCAUGCUCGGCUGGAUUGCGCUUGUAUUUGUCUUGAGCUUGAAGCGUACAGGUUCUAUGGAGUUGAGUUUUAUUGAGAUCGAACCAGUGACAGACCCGUCACUGCCUUCUGUUGGUGUGGUUGCCACCAGAAAUGGUAGAACUCUGCAGAUGGAUGUGCUGCCUGCAAGAAGAGUUGCAGACAUUGUAUAAUAUGCAGAAAUGUUUGACAAAUCCUGUUCUUGUUAUGAAAAUUCUAUCAUGUUGACACCAUGAAAUGUAUUCAGUUUUGAAAUUUUGGUGUCACGGAUGUCUUUGGUCAUCCCUGGUAUAAAGGAAUUCUUCAUCUGGACUUCCAGAUGCUUCAUGUUCACUUUGAAAAGAAAGGAAUUCUUUGGUGCUAGUUACCAUGUGAAGUGAGGUUUUGCAACUGAAUUUCUUCAGUGCUGUUCUUACCUUGCUGUUUAUAUACACUGUAGCUUGCAUUAAGAACUGAUAUGUUCAUUC